GGGAGGACAUUGCUGGCCUUCAGCUGGCGAAGGCGACCAUCAAGGAGGCAGUAGUCUUUCCGAUGAUGCGCCCCGACAUAUUCAAAGGCCUCAGGGCUCCUGCGAAAGGUGUACUUUUGUUUGGGCCUCCCGGAACAGGGAAAACGCUCAUUGGGAAAUGCAUCGCUAGUCAGUGCAAUGCUUCAUUCUUCAGCAUCAGCGCAUCAUCUCUAACGUCCAAAUGGAUUGGAGAUGGGGAAAAGAUGGUUCGAACCCUUUUCGCCGUGGCUAGAGAGCAACAACCUAGCGUGAUAUUCGUGGACGAGAUUGAUUCGCUGCUCUCGCAGAGGACUGAUGGAGAGCAUGACGCCAGUAGACGCAUCAAGACGGAGUUCCUGGUGCAAUUUGACGGUUGUGGCACCCGCAAUGAGGAUCGCGUGCUUCUCCUAGGUGCGACCAACAGGCCACAUGAGAUUGACGAGGCAGCGAGACGCCGAUUCAGAAAGAAGUUGUAUAUCCCUUUACCGGAAGGAGAAGCGCGGAAGAAGAUUGUCUUGAACGGACUGUCCACCCUGUCUCACAAUCUGUCUGCGGAGGAUGUAGAGAUUGUGGUACAGCGUACAGAAGGGUACAGUGGCUCGGAUAUGGACGGUCUCAUCAGAGAAGCUUCUUUGGGCCCUAUCAGAUGCAUUGAGAACAUCGUAGAGUUUGAUGCGUCGCACAUUCGGCCCGUCACCGUAGACGACUUCACCGACGCACUUAGCCAAGUCCGCGCAAGCGUUUCUUCAACCGAGUUGGAACUCUACGUCAAAUUCGACAAAGCGUUCGGUAGUAUUGCGCGGGCUCCUUAGAUACGGCGUACCUUAAGAUUUUGUCAGAUGUCUCUCUAAAUACAGUAUGUACCUAUUGAAAAUCCCGCAAAGUGACGCG